GAAUUGUGAAAUGUGCAAUAAUAAAAUACACUCAUUUUUUUCUUUUAUUAUUACCCAAUAACACAAUAAUAAGCUACAGGUAUACUUCUAAGAACAUUAUUUUAUGAUUCCCUUGUAAUAAUAUCAACAUGGGUGAACGAAAGGGACAAAAUCUAUACUAUCCCCCUGACUAUGAUCCUAAAGUCGGGGGGUUAAAUAAAUUCCAAGGGACUCAUGCGCUACGAGAAAGAGCUAGGAAACUCCACAUGGGUAUUUUAAUUAUAAGAUUUGAGAUGCCAUACAAUAUAUGGUGUGAUGGCUGUAAAAACCAUAUUGGUAUGGGUGUUCGUUACAAUGCAGAGAAGAAGAAAAUCGGAAUGUACUACAGCACCCCUGUUUAUCAAUUUAGAAUGAAAUGUCACUUGUGUGAUAAUCACUUUGAAAUCAAGACUGAUCCUGGAAAUUUAGACUAUGUCAUAGUUUCUGGAGCAAGACGUCAAGAAAAUCGUUGGGAUCCUACUGAGAAUGGUCAAAUUGUUCCCGAAACGAAAGAAACUCAGAAAAGGCUCUUUGAUGAUGCUAUGUUCAAAUUGGAACAUAAAACUGGUGAUGUGGAUCUCAGUAAACUGGAUAAACCAAGGUUAGGAAAACUGGUUGGAAGAAAUGAAACAGUUUGGAAAGAUGAUUAUGAAGCUAACUGUUCGUUGCGUAGGAACUUCAGGAAAAGGAGGAAGGAACUAGAAGAAUCAGCAAUUACUGAUGGUCUCCUUCUAAAUAAAUCAUCACUUGACAUUAAUUUAUUACCAGAAAGUGAGGAAGAUAGAAAUCUUGCAUCACUACUUGCUCUACGACCAUCACGAAGUAUUGAAGAGAGUCACAAAAAUGUACGGACCAAGAUAUUAAAUAGUCCAGCAUUACCAAGCUCUAGUGGACUUAUAACAAGUUUUGGUGGGUUAAAAAAAGAAGAAUCGCUAAGCAAAAGUUCUUCACUUACGAGAAACAUACUUGGUAUCACUGUAAAGAGAAAUAAAGAAAGUACUAGAGAUUUAUGUUCUUUGGAUAAGAAAGGAGGUGAUGAAAAUUGUAAGGAAGAAAUUAAAUUGAUAGAAAAAUGUAAUAAUAAAGUAAUUAAUAGUGAUAAGAGUACAGAGAUGUUGAAAGAGAAUAGAACAAUAUCUUUAGUAGGAGAUUACGGAUCAAGCGGAGAAAGUUCAGAAGGAUAAUCCAAUAGCAAUCAGUUCUAAUAUACAUUAUUAUUUUGUAAUUACCUGAAAAAUAUAAUAAAGUACAUUUUUUUACUACGCUGACAAUGAUCCUUUUUUAACGAAAGAAAAAUAUACAAAUUAAAAUUGGAAAUCCUUCAAAAAACCUAAUUACCUAACCUAUACUCCGCCCACU